AUGGCGAUGCCCUCGGUGAUGAAGGAUGAACAGGGUCGUCCCUUUAUCGUUGUUCGAGACCAGGGAAGGAAGAAGAGACAACAUGGCACUGAGGCUGUGAAGUCGCACAUUGUCGCCGCCAAGACGGUGGCCAACAUCGUCAAGACCUCUCUGGGCCCUCGUGGUUUGGACAAGAUCUUGAUUUCCCCGGAUGGCGAUAUCACUGUUACCAACGACGGCGCAACCAUUCUCGGCCAGAUGGAAAUAACCAACAAUGUUGCGAAGUUGCUUGUUGAGCUCUCCAAGUCGCAGGAUGAGGAAAUAGGUGACGGAACAACUGGUGUCGUGGUGUUGGCAGCUGCCAUGCUGGAGCAAGCUUCAGAUUUGAUUGACAAGGGCAUACACCCCAUCCGGAUAGCCGACGGAUACGACCAGGCCUGUGAGAUCGCCAUUGCAGAGCUAGAUAAGAUUAGCGACGAGAUCCCCUUUUCACGCGAAGAUACUAGCAACCUUCUUAAGGUGGCUAAGACCAGUUUGGGCAGCAAGAUUGUUUCUAAGUCUCACGAUCAGUUUGCGAAGAUUGCUGUCGAUGCUGUGCUCUCAGUGGCCGACCUCGAGCGCAAGGAUGUCGACUUCGAGUUGAUCAAGGUGGAUGGCAAGGUUGGAGGUGCCCUUGAGGACUCUCUGCUUGUCAAUGGUGUUAUUGUCGACAAGGAUUUCUCCCACCCUCAGAUGCCUGACGAGGUUCAGGACGCCAAACUGGCUAUUUUGACCUGUCCCUUUGAGCCCCCGAAGCCCAAGACCAAGCACAAGCUUGAUAUCACUUCCGUCGAGGAAUUCAAAAAGCUCCAGGAGUAUGAGCAGGAGAAAUUCACCGAGAUGAUUCAGAAACUUAAAGAUUCAGGUGCCAACCUGGUCAUCUGCCAAUGGGGUUUCGAUGAUGAAGCCAACCACUUGCUUCUUCAGAACAAGCUGCCCGCAGUCCGAUGGGUUGGUGGCCCUGAGAUCGAGCUGAUUGCCAUCGCUACAAACGGCCGUAUUGUGCCACGUUUUGAGGACCUGACUGCCGACAAGCUGGGCACUGCCGGUCGUGUCCGCGAGAUGACCUUUGGUACCACACGAGAGAAGAUGCUGGUCAUUGAGGAGUGCGCCAACAGCCGGGCGGUUACUGUUUUCAUCCGCGGUAGCAACAAGAUGAUUAUCGAUGAGGCCAAGCGCUCACUACACGAUGCUCUGUGCGUGGUCCGCAACCUUGUCCGUGAUAACCGCGUGGUGUAUGGUGGUGGUGCUGCCGAGAUUGCUUGCUCUCUGGCCGUGGAGGAUGCCGCCGUCAAGAGCCCCGGUAUUGAGCAGUAUGCCAUGCGCGCCUUCGCCGACGCUCUCGAUGCUGUGCCAUUGGCGCUCUCUGAGAACUCCGGCCUCAGCCCCAUUGAGACUCUCGCCUCCAUCAAGUCUCGUCAAGUCAAGGAGAAGAACUCUCGUCUUGGUGUUGACUGCAUGCUGACUGGCAGCAACGAUAUGCGGGACCACUUUGCUAUUGACCCUCUCAUCGGAAAGCGCCAGCAGCUUCUGCUUGCCACUCAGCUUUGCCGCAUGGUUCUCAAGAUCAACAACGUGAUCAUCUCCGGCGAUGAGGAUGCUGAAUUUUAA